AUGGCAAACUAUGGAACCAAACAGAGAAUCUCCUCACCAUCACCACCAUCCACUGACCCUCAUGAACCAGAACCAAAAGGGCCUCAAGAAAAUUUCUACAGAAACUUCAGAAGCUACUGCCCCAUCAACAUACCUUCAACAUCGGAAGCUGCAGGAGUCCGCAUCAUGAGAAACAUAGGGAGUUUUGGCUUGUACUAUACACUCUUUGUGUGGAUCAUACUCUUCAUAACCCUCAUCCCUAUGCGUAAGGUGUCUUUGAUUCUGUUGGUGAUCAUGACCUAUGUGACAACCAUUUACUGUUUAAUUCUGAGGGCGUUUCCCAACUCUGUUGUGCUUCACAAAAUCAUAGAUCAAAGAGUUGUGUUGGCUUUGCUGGCAGUGGCAACUGCAGUGCAGCUGAUUUUGACCGAGGCAGGUAUUCAUCUUGCAGUGACUUUGACUUGCACUGUGCCUGUAGUUUUGGUUCAUGCUGUUUUGUGGGGUAGUUUUGAUGCCUUUGACGUUGAGAAUGUUUCUGGUAAAGAAGAACUGGCUCCUCUCACUGGCCUUGAUGAAAGUGUUGCUGAGAAUUAUUCUGAUGCUGUUUAA